AGGACCACUGGAGGAGGAUCAGUACUUCAUUCCCUGUGUACUGGAAACAUGUGCAGUUGAUGUCUUGGAAAAGAUGAGGGGGCAGUUUAGUGAAAGCUGUGACCCUUUGGUUCUAAGUUGGGAAGACAAUGUUAUACCACAGGGAAUGUACCCAGCACUGGUGGUCAGUCUUUUAAAGGAAGAAUUUAAGAUGUUAUUUAAAAAGCAGAUACCUUAUCGUAAUGCCAUCAAGCUACAAUCAAGAGAUUUAGGAGUUAACAUUCUACUGGUGGAUACUAUCCAGUGGUUGGAGAUAUAUUGUGCUGGUCCAGUACAGGAUGCAUGUCCAAAGCUAAGAGACUUUGUCCAUAGAUCCAUACAGUCUGUCUCCAGCAAGUUCUACUACAGUAGCAAUACAUUGGACGGAGCUCUUUGCCUGUCUUGUGGAGCUGGAGUGUGUCAUCCUAAUGAAGCUGUAUCUUACAUCACCUGCACUAAUGAUGAGUGCUUACCAAGGGAAAUAGGACCACGUCAGUCCUGCUGGUUUAAACGAUCAGCUACAGUUUCAGUCCCUUGUGGAGCAUCUGCUAAUGAAUUGUCAUCUGACAGAAGUACAAGUAAAAUACCAGUUAAGAUGAGCAAUGAAGUACAACAGAGUGACCUCAUUAGGUUAUUUAAAGACUCUGCUGCCCAUUAUAUGCUCAUUGGGACUGCACUUGAUGUUAAAGUGGAUGAUCUGUUGCCUAUUCCAGGGGCUGCUACUACUAACCUAAUACUAGUUUUCCAGAGAUGGAUAGACUCCAAUAAAGAAGUGACAUGGAGAAAGGUACUUCAAGUUUGUGACGAUUUUCCAAAUGAACUUGGUAAAGUAAAAGCUGAUGUGGAAUCGUUUCUAUCAUCAGAUAAAGCCCCUAACAAAUUAUAAUUAUACUUA